GUCUCUGAUCAUCUCCUCUCACGCUUCACAUCAACUACUGUGUCCCCGCCACAUCUCCUGCAUGCUCCAGUAGUACGCACACCACACCACCACAACAACAAUAACCAAUCUCUCUCUCUCUCUCUCUCUCACACACACACACACACAAAGACAACCUCCAUUGAUGGCACAAAACCAUGAUCCCUUCCAUGUCCCACAACAGAACAGAAGGAACAAGCUUCGACUUGACCAAAACCCACCAACGCAACCAUUCUCCCACCACCUCCAAGACUUGUCUCUCUGUCUCUCAUUCCAACAACGCAACAAAAACAACUUAUUAGGAGAUGUUUUGAAGAGGAAAAGUAGUUGUGAAAUGAGAAGCUUAGUCCCUCUUGGUCCAUUUACAGGCUAUGCUUCAAUACUGAAGAGGUCAAGGUUCUUGGAGCCAACCCAGCAGAUUUUGGAGGAUCUUUGUGGAGCAGAUGGUGAAAAAGUGAUCGACUGUUCAUUAUCGGAUUAUUUGAGUGGAAGUGAAUUGAUUGCUUGUAGUGAUUCUAUUGAGAAUCGAUGGAGGAAUUCAAGCCUGUCAAUGCUGUUAGAUGAGGUAUACAAGAGAUCCAAGCUGUAUUGCCAGCAAAUGCAGUCUGUUGUUUCAUCAUUUGAGGCUGUUCCUGGCCUUGGAAAUGCAGCUCCUUAUCUAUCUUUUGCCGUCAAACUAAUAGCAAAGCAUUUCAAGUGCUUAAAGGAUGCACUUCUUGAUCAAAUUCAAUUCACAGCCAAGAUUACUACUCUUGAUGAUUGUGCUGCUACCAACUACUGGACUGCUACUCAACAUGGUUUGGAGAAUCCGAACUCGAACCCGACUCUGACUCAACUGACGUGUUUUCAACAUCCUGUUUGGAGGGCUCAAAGAGGACUUCCAGAUCAUGCUGUAUCCGUGCUCAAGACCUGGCUUUACGAGCAUUUCUUGCAUCCUUAUCCGACGGAUUCAGAGAAGCAAUUGUUGGCUCAACAAACAGGCCUAUCAAGAACUCAGGUUUCGAAUUGGUUCAUAAAUGCGAGAGUGAGACUGUGGAAGCCAAUGGUGCAAGAAAUGCACACACUUGAAUCUCAGCAUCAUGAUCAGAUACCAUCUGAAGCCGUGAAUCAGAUCGCUAAUACACCUCUUGAUCCUCCAUCUUCAGCAAACCAAUUCAUGCCUAAACGUUUCAGAACCGAAUUUCCUGAUGUGUCUGCACAAACUGAGGUGCCAAUGAAUAUGUACUUCAGUAAUGUGUCUGGUAAUCUGCCGAUAGGUGGAAGUAGAGGCGUUUCGUUAGCAUUGGGUCUUCGCUGGAAUGAUGCCAUUGACAUGGCUAACCAAUUCAACCGGGAAAACAAUAGCGGAUUGGAUUUUGAGUCGAGGCUUGGAGCACAUUUUGGGAAGAAGUAGAAAGGGUCGGUGCUUAAUGCCUUGAGCUUAACUUCAUUGAUUACAGAACCUGUGUAUGGAGCUCAACUUAAUGUAAUUCAGAACUAUAAUAACUAACUUUUUUCGCAAUUACGUAUGUUGUUUGUUC